AUGAUUGAUCAAUUCCAUAGUAAACAUGCUUUAGCAAACACUUUGAACCAAUUACAACCUCAAAAAUUAAGCACCAAUGUAUGGCUAGGUCCAUUAAACUCUAUCGCGCAAAAUGAUUUUUUGUCAACAAACAAUAUUAAAUACAUUUUUGGUAUAAUGCCAUCUCAAAAAUGUUGUUAUUAUUUGAAAAAUUUCACAAAUGAUUCAAGUUGUUGUGUUUCUAUUGAUCCAAAUUUUAAUACUCAAAAAUUAACAGAAGAUGAAGGUGAACUAAUCAUGAAUUUCAAUACAAAAUUUUCAAAUAGCGUGUCUUUUGUCAGUGAUAAAAGGAUAAAUAAUGCAAUAAUAACCAAUUUAGAUUUCCAAAAAAUGCUUGAAGACUUCCUUUAUUUGAUCCGCUCUAUUCAAGAAAAAGAUUCACAGUGUGGGAUUUUGUUGUUUUCACUAAAUGGUAAUGAUAAUUUGUUGUCAACUUUUGCCAUGUCUUACAUAAUGGAUUCUCAUAAUUGUGAUGUUACAAGUGGAUUUAGUUAUUUGAAAUCAGUUAGACCAAGUAUAAUUGAUUUUGAUGAAUAUGGGUUUUAUGCUAGUGAAUUAUUAAAAUUCCAAAUGAACAACAGAGCUAGAAAACAAUUUGGCGGGUCCAAUAACGCUAGUACUCCAGGUUCUGCUGAAAAGGCUAAAAGAUCAGUUGCUGAUGCGCUUGAUGAUGAAGAUCAAGAGUAUCAUGAUAAUUCAAGAAGUGCAAAGAGAAUUAUAACCUAG